AUGCGACCUGUUCCUGACUUGCCGAAUUUCGCCCGCAAACCCUCUCUCGAGCACUCCGCGUCCCUUGAUCCCCGCACCACUGUCCCCUCUACCUUCUUCCUAUCUCGAAGUCCGCAUGCCUCCGAUGACGAGCCCGGCUCCCCUGUCGACGAAUCUGUCGACCUCAGAGAGAGCAUGUACGGGGUGAAAAGCCUUGGGGAGACCUUAUCUCGCUCCGGACUGACUGCCUCCCCGCGCUCGAUGCCUGGAGAUAGCCUGUACAUGAACAGUCCGUCGCAAGGACCUGAUGACUCGGGGAGGAAGCUCAGAGCUCACGGCGUCCCUUUUGAAUAUGAUCUGCGCAACUCGCCAUCGCAAGCACCCGCCUCUGAUACCGUCUCGCGCCCGCUGACCCCGCUUAACCCCGAAGAGCCGUGCUCUUUGCCUAGCAGUCCGAAGUCUAUCUCGAAUCAUUCACUUCGGCCACUCGACGAUAUCUCCAUCACUGACGAAAUAUACGGUCAACCCCUCAUGUCGGGAGACGAGGAUGAGAGGUCCGGCGCAUCACCUCGUCUUGGCACUGGCGGAGUUGGAGCCUCUCAGCUCAUCAUGCCAAGCUUGACGAUGCCCAGUCGGCGACCUUUUACAGACCGAGGAAAAGAUAUGGGUAGAUUCAAAGUACUCCUGGCUGGAGCUCCGGGAUCCGGGAAAUCAUCCCUUAUAAAAUCCAUCGUUCAGACAAGUGAAGAUAUUGUGCACAUUGAUUCUCUCGAGGCUCUUUCCUCAGGAACCUCUCUCGAACGCCGCCGGCCGGCGCAUCUCCACUCCGGAGUCCCCACUCGCGGGGUGUCCACUGCCGUGACCGAGAUUUACGCUAGUACCAAACCGUAUCCCUCGUGGUGGUCUGAUCUAGAGGACUCGCGCGUGUUGCGACGCCGGAAAAGCAUAGACGAAAUUGUAUUGGAACGAAACCUCUGCUUUGUCGAUACACCCGCUACUUCCCUAAGCCGGGCAGGGCAAACCGAUGCCAUCGUCCAGUACAUGCGCCAGCAACUACAACGAGCAAUCACAGCCCUUGCGAGCUCGGGUGUAGAUUUCCAGAAUAUGCUUGCUGGCAAUGGUGGCUCUCAAGUAGAUGCAGUCUUGUACUUGAUAUCUGAGGACACUUUGCCGACUGAUGUUGAAUGUAUUCGCAAGCUCUGCGAUCUGAGCAAUGUCAUACCUAUCGUCUCCAAGGCAGACAGGCUGACAGACGAGCAAAUCACUUCGCUGAAGGAUCAGUUCCACCAGCGAGCUCAAGACGCUGGAAUCAAACCCUUCCUAUUUGGCAAUACACAGCCUGGAGAGCUUGUCACACUCGAACCACAGCCUCCCUAUGCAGUAUCGUCCGAAAAAACCGCCGACAUGGAAAUCAUGGACGCCAGUACUCUGAUGAAUCCAGACUACGUACAGCCACUCAUCGUAUCUGAGCUUAGCAUUCUGGUAGAGAAGCUGUUCGACCGGGACAACCUCGCGUGGAUGCGCCACUCAGCUGCGAAGAAACUAGCGCAGCGCCGCGGUGAUUUCCCACCAGCUCCACUAACUACAGCAACACUUCCAAACCCACUUUCGGGUACCACUACCAGUGGAUUAGCCUGGCGCGGCAUGCCAGGAGCAUCCAUGAACUCCUCCGUCUCUUCGAUGAACGACUCGCCACCUAGCUACACGAUGGCCCGGAUCACAGACUAUACACGACAUGAAGAGCGCAUGGCCCAAGUGCGACUUGCCCACUGGGCAACAGACCUACAACGCAGCCUACAAAACGAGCGUGACCGAUACUCGGCCCUGGCCCGUGGCGAUCGCGCUGUGUGGCUAAGUGAGAAACUGAGUGAAUGUGUCAUAGAUGGUUCCCUCGUGCCCAUCUCCCAGACUCCCGGUUUCUGUGGUCUUCACAUCCCCAUCAGCGAGAAAGGUCCGAGCGGGCUACAUGCUAUGCGACCCCCAGGAUCCAAGGAGUACCGCUUCACAAGCAUGAGUCCCUACGAUCCUCUCGGCGUGGUCGGCUGGAUCGAUGACAUUAGCCGACGCAGCUGGAUCAUCGUCCAAAUCGUCGGCAGUGUCGGUGUAGUUGGCGGGCUGGCACUCUGGCUGGCCCGGACGUGGGGAGUUCCCACCAAGUCCCUAUCUGAUCUUCAGCUCGACUACUGGGCUGGGCGCAUGGAGCGAUAG